AUGCAAAAAGCCCACAAACCCAAUCAGGCUGAGGUCCUUCUGCUAAAGGUGGAGGAGGAACUUCCAGACAUUCCCCAAAGUUCACCUCUCAGUCAGUCCUCCUCCUUCCUCCCCCUCUCCCCCUCCUCCCCCUCCUCCCCCUCCUCCCCCCUGCACCGAUCAAUCCGGGGUUCCUUACCUACUCCCGGCUCAAUCGAUGGACUCUGUUUCUGUGCGAGUCGUGAUGGAGAGACUCUCGCUGCAACAACCGCUCUGUCUGUGCCGUACUUUCCAGUAGCCAUCGAUCUCACCCCUCCUCACCCCUCCCCCUCUCACCCCUCCUCCCCCUCUCACCCCUCCUCCCCCUCUCACCCCCUCCUCCCCCUCUCACCCCUCCUCACCCUCUCACCCCUCCCCCUCUCACCCCUCCUCCCCCUCUCACCCCUCCUCCCCCUCUCCCCCUCUCACCCCUCCUCACCCUCUCACCCCUCCUCACCCUCCUCACCCCUCCUCACCCUCCUCACCCCUCCUCACCCUCCUCACCCCUCCCUUCCCCAAAAGAAGGACUAUAAUAGAUUUUUGUGA